AUGUCCAAGGCAUUCAGAGGCAGUGAGGCAUCCUCCCAAGUCAUGCCGACCAGACGUCGCCUGACACAGGCUUUGGGCCUGGCUGCUCGCAGACUCCCACAGCCACGGCUCCAGCUGUUCAUCCGGGUCCAGAUCUCCCACGCGGUUCCUGCUGGUGGCCCAGACCCUUCCUGUCCCAGUUGGUGCCCCCCAAACUCCACAUGUGACAAUGCCAGCACCUGUCGCUGUAACCCAGGAUUCAGCUCUCCAUCUGGGGAUAUCAUCACCAGCCCUUUGGAGGCCUUUUGUGAUGACAUCAACGAGUGUGCACCGCCCUGGGAAGUGUCCUGUGGGAAAUUUGCCGACUGUCAGAACGUGGAGGGGAGUUUCAGGUGUGCGUGCAACCCAGGAUAUGUGCUCGCUACUGGAGGGAGAGUAUUCAAGAAUGAGAGUGAGAACACGUGCCAAGACAUAGACGAGUGUCAGCAAAAGCGCAAACCGUGUAAAGAACGAGGCACCUGUGUCAACACACAAGGCAACUACACCUGCAAGUGCCCUAUUGGCUUUGAAUUCAAACCGGAGGACCCAAAGUUGUGCAAAGAUGUGAAUGAAUGUAUUCUGCAAAACCCAUGCCACACCACCACUCACUGCCUCAACAUUGUGGGUGGCUAUAAAUGCGUCUGCAGAAAUGGCUGGAAGCCGAAACCUGGGUCACCCCAUGGCCCAAACAACACUGUUUGUGAAGAAGAGAGCUUCACCUCCUGGACCCCUCCCUCAGGAAUCAGCAGCCAGAGCCUCUCCAGAUUCUUUGUCAAAAUUAAGGAUCUGACCAAAGAUUACAAGCCAGACUCAGCCACCACCACUACCCAAAAAAUGAUUAGUUAUAUGGAUGAGCUGCUGGAGGCUCCUGGGGACCUCAUGCGCCAGGACCUGGCUGUCCAGCACCUCGAUGCCACUCAUAUGCUCUUGGGCCUUGAAAACUUCUUUCGAAUCCUAGCACAGACCAUGCCAGGGACCUCCUUUACCUACAGUUCUCCUGCAAAAACAGAGCUAUCCGUGAUGAUCCAGGAUGAGCAUGGAGACAAAAACGUCACUGUGGGCCAGAGUCAUGCACGGAUGAGGCUCAACUGGGAUGUGGCAGCUCCAAACAAGGAUUCAGGCCGUGUGGUGGUAGGCAUCCUCUCUAGCCUGAAGAUGCAGAAACUGCUGGCCAAUGCCUCCUUGGACCUGGAGUUCAGUAAGAAGAAAGAACUGGAAAAGACCCAUGAAAGCCCAGUCAUCGGGGCCCAGUUCAAAAUCCUCUCGGCCAUCAACUCCGCAUUUCUGAGCAACACGAACACAGAGCAGCUCGAACCUCCAGUCACCUUUGCCUUCUCCCACCUUAGCUCAGAACCAAGAGAGGGUUCUGACCCACCUCUCUGACUGCCCCACUGCCCACAGCCGGAGAUGCCCGGGCCCCGGCAAGAGCUGAUCUGUGCCUUCUGGAAGAGAGACGGCGACAAGGGAGGGCACUGGGCCACCACAGGCUGCAAGAAGCUUGGCAGCCGCAAUGGCAGCACCACCUGCCAAUGCAACCACCUGAGCAGCUUUGCCAUCCUCAUGGCCCACUACAACGUGGAGGACCCGAAGCUGGCUGUGAUCACCAAGGUGGGACUGGCGCUGUCUCUCGUCUGCCUACUGUUGUGUAUCCUCACCUUCCUGCUGGUGCGACCUAUCCAGAGCUCGCGCACCACUGUGCACCUGCACCUCUGUAUCUGCCUCUUCGUGGGCUCCGCUAUUUUCCUGGCCGGAGUCGAGAACGAGGGCGGUGAGGUGGGGCUGCGCUGCCGCCUAGUGGCCGGACUGCUACACUACUUCUUCCUGGCCGCAUUCUGCUGGAUGAGCCUUGAGGGUCUGGAGCUCUACUUCCUAGUGGUGCGGGUGUUCCAGGGCCAGGGCCUUAGCACCCGCUGGUUCUGCCUCAUCGGCUACGGCGUGCCAGGCGUCAUCGUGGGCAUCUCAGCGGCUGUCAACAGUCAGGGCUACGGCCGAGCUAUCUACUGCUGGUUGGACCCUCAAGGUGGCUUCCUCUGGAGCUUCUUGGGACCAGUGGUCUUCACUGUUCUGUGCAAUGCUGUCAUCUUCGUGAUUACUAUCUGGAAGCUCACUCAGAAGUUUUCUGAAAUUAACCCUGAUAUGAAGAAAUUAAAGAAGGCGCGGGUGCUGAUUAUCACCGCAAUAGCCCAGCUCUUUGUGCUAGGCUGCACCUGGGUCUUCGGCCUAUUUCUCUUCAACCCGCACAGCUGGGUCAUGUCCUACACCUUCACCAUCCUCAACUGCCUGCAGGGCCUCUUCCUCUUUGUGCUGCACUGCCUCCUCAACAAGAAGGUCAGAGAGGAGUACUGGAAGUGGGCUUGUGUGUUUACCGGGAACAAGUAUUCAGAGUUCACUUCAUCUACUUCAGCUACCAGCCACCAGACCCGGGCCCUCAGACAGUCAGAAUCCUGCAUGUGA